AUGUCGCCGCCGAGAGUGCUGACUAUCGCCGGCUCCGACUCGGGCGGAGGAGCCGGCAUUCAGGCCGACCUCAAGACCUUCCUCUCCCUCGGCACCUACGGACUCUCGGUCCUCACUGCAUUGACAGCACAAAACACAACCGGCGUAUCGGCGAUCCAUGCGUGCCCAUCCGAGUUCGUCUUGCAGCAGUUCGACUCGGUCGCAUCAGAUAUCGAGAUUGAUGCUGUCAAAGUGGGCAUGCUAUGCAAUCACGACAUCGUCGCUGCCCUUGCAUCAAGACUACGAGACUGGAAAGCAUCAUCAGACUCGCAUGGAGGGAGCGGCGUGCCCGUUGUGCUGGACCCGGUCAUGGUCUCGACAUCAGGCUCGUUACUGCUGUCUGAAGGCGCUAUCGAGACGCUCAUCCAGGACCUACUUCCCCUCUGCACCAUCCUCACGCCAAAUUUGCCAGAGGCACGACAGCUGCUCAAGUACGCGGCUAAGUUCACCUCGCACCAAUCUGGGCCCAGAGAGCGUGAGCUUGCACAGUCGAACGAAAUGACUGAGCUACCACAGAUGAUGGCAGCAGCCAAAAGCAUCGCUCAGCUCGGGCCCAAAGCGGUACUUGUUAAGGGAGGACACGCCAAAUUGAAUCGACCUCAGAUUGAAUCCUGGCUGGAAGGUCUGGAUACUGGCUCAGGUGGCGUCCAGCACAUCAGCCCGGCAGCAUCUUCUUCAAGGGCGUCAAGAUCAACGGGACGGUAUCCGCAACGCGAUCCAUCGAGGCAACCAAGAUCGGGACCAUCUGCCGGAAGCCUCGAGGCCGAUUUGUCAGAGCUGGCCGGUGUCAACGGUGCUGUCAUUACACGGAGAGGCAACGUUACUGCCAUUCGUACCGACCGAAUCCCGCACAGUCAUGUCUUAGACGAGACGAGCUCGCAAGGAAACCCGCAAAUGGUGGUAUGCGAUGUGCUCUAUCAGCAGACCGACGACGCUGAGGGCUCCUACGUGCUCUUCAUCAAGCCAUUGAUAGCAUCGACUGCAACGCAUGGCACUGGCUGUACUUUGUCUUCGGCAUUGGCAGCAUCGCUCGCCCAGGGCCACUCACUCGUACGAUCGACUUCCAUCGCCAUCACAUACGUACAAAAUGCCAUCGCAAACGGGAUCCAAGAUCUGGGCAAAGGACCUGGACCACUCGACCAUUCGUAUCCUUUCCAGCCACGUGGCCUCAUCACUGACUCUCCGGACAGCAGCACUGCCUCGCCUUUCGCUUUGCUCCGCAGCCUCAUAUCCAACUCCAUCGAUGUCUGGACAGCCUUUGUUCAGCAUCCGUUUGUGCUCGGUCUUGCCGACGGAAGCUUGUCGCGAGAGGCAUUCGAGUGGUUCAUGAAGCAGGACUACCUCUUUCUGCGUCACUACGCCCGCAUCUGGGCUCAAGCAGCAGCUUCACCCGACAACACAUUCGAGGAGGUCUCGACAUUAGCAGGGAUGGCCCAAGCCAUGGCAGAGGAGGCCAAGCUCCAUCUGCAGAUCUGUCAUGACAGCUUAGGUAUGUCGGCGUCGCAGCUCGAGCACGAGACGAUGGAAAGCGCGGCAACGCUCGCGUACACGCGCUUCGUCCUCGAUACCGCUCGGUCGGGCGACACCCUGGAGUUGCUGGUCGCGGUCAGCCCGUGCAUGGUCGGGUACGCCCAGGUAGGACUUUGGCUUCAACAGCACCGAAAGCAGGGCAUCGACAAAGACUUUGCAGCUUGGAUCGACGCAUAUGCGGGAAGCGACUUCCAGGACGCAGCCAAGAAGGCGAUGCUGUUGAUCGAGGCAAAAGCGGCGAGAGACCCGCCGUCACCAGAGAGGCUUCGUAAGCUGCAAAAGACGUGGAAUGCAGCUUGCCGGCUCGAAGCAGGCAUGUGGGACGAAGCUGUCGAACCGAGCCUACGCCGACUCGUGCUGGAACCCUGA